AAAACAAUAUGGGUCACCCCUCUUAAAUAUAUGAGCUUCCUUUGUGGGGAAAUAGACUGUAAGGAAACUAUGAGUGAAGUUGUAAUGAAGCAAAAUUGGUGGAGGUCAGCUUAUAAUCACUUGGUUUUCAAGUUAGGGAUUUCGAUGUUGUUAGUGGGUUUUGGAUUCAGAUUUCAUUUCUCACAAUCACCCAAUGUGCUUCCUAAUGUUUCUGAUAAUAAUAUUAGUACACCUUUUGUGACGAAGAAUGAGAAGCCGAUUCCUACAGAUUUUGCUGAAUCUCCCGAGUACUUAAAUCAAAUUCGUCGUAAUGAUGAUGAUGAAUCAGAAAAGUGUGAUAUUUUCGAUGGUGAAUGGAUACCGAAUUCCGGCGGAGCAGCAUACACCAAUAACACCUGUAGAUGGAUUAAAAGUGAUCAAAAUUGUAUCGGAAAUGGUAGGCAGGACACUGGGUAUCUUCACUGGAGGUGGAGUCCCAAAGCUUGUGAAUUGCCUCCUUUUGAUGCCAAGAAAUUUCUUGAAAUGAUGAGAGGUAAAACGUGGGGUUUUGUUGGCGACUCCAUAACUCGGAAUCAUUUUCAAUCCUUCAUUUGUCUUCUGUCUCAGGUAGAAGAUGUGUUGACUUUUUCCAUGACAAGGAUUACAAGAUCCAAAAAUGGCAUUUUCCAUCGUACAACCUUACAGUAUCCGUUAUUUGGUCUCCUUUUCUUGUAAAAGCCGAGGCUUUUGAAGAUACAAACCAUAUUCCGUCCUCUGAAAUACAACUCCACGUUGACAUUCUUGACAAAAUCUGGACCCAACAAUUUGACACAUGGGAUUACGUCUUGUUCUCCUCUGGUAAAUGGUUUGUAAGAACAGCGAUCUACUAUGAAAACAAUACCAUUCUCGGCUGCCAUGGCUGUGAGGGAAAGAACUACACUGAUCUUGGUUUCAAAUUUUGCUUACCAGAAAGUCAUAAAUAAUCUUUUUGAUUUCAUUAUGAAUUCAAACAAACAGAGUACGAUUAUUUUCAGAACAUCAACCCCGGAUCAUUUUGAAAAUGGGUUGUGGUCAAGUGGCGGGACUUGUGAUAGAAGGGUACCAGCUAAAGAAGGUGAGUUUGAGUUGGGAAUAUUUAAUAGAAUCCUACGCGAGGUUGAAUUGCCAGAAUUUGCAAGAGCAAAAGCUCGAGCUUUUGAAAAAGGGAAGAAAUUGAAGCUUCUUGAUGUGAUGCCUCUUUCGUUGGUGAGACCAGAUGGGCAUCCAGGUCCAUAUAGACAUUUUUACCCUUUUGCGAAAGAUAAGAAAGCUAAAGUUCAGUAUGAUUGUUUGCAUUGGUGUUUGCCUGGGCCAAUUGAUCAGUGGAAUGAUUUGUUGAUGAAGUUAGUGGUAGAUGAUUGAUGUAAUGUCUUGUGAAUAGUGUUUAGAACUCCAUUGGUAUCCCCUUUGAUG